AUGCCCCAAGGCAGGGUGGCCUCUAUGCCUCUACAUGAUGGAUCAGGGGGUGCUUUGGUUUCCGCGUGGAAGUUCAUAACUUCAACGUUCGAAGUUGGCCCUCAAGGCUUUGAGCCAUAUUUCCACAGCAGAGCCGUCUGCAAGAAGCGGAUGCAUGCGCAGGUACAGAGUGGCAAAGGGAUGGAUGAGGCUUCAAUUUCUAAUUGCAUCACAUCGUAA